GAGUUUAGACAAAUUCUUAUUGGAAGUGGGUUGAAUUUUCGUUAUAGAUGGCGAUGCAAAAGUCCAAAAGUAAUCAUCAAUAAUUAAUGGAUGAAACUGCAUAACUGCUGUAAUCUUCUAUUUAGGGAGUGUUUGCAACAGCUUCUGCUUUAAAAAAAGCACUUUUGGAGUGUGUUGAGGUAUAUUACCCCGGUCCGUUACUGUUCAGGAGCCCAAGGCAUCGCUCCAGCUUGGAGCCCGAAUGACAAGGUCCAUUUCAGCCUAUUAGGCAUAUUUCGGCCCUUUGGGCCCAUUUUGGGCUUACUUGGCCCAUUAGGUUAGGUUUCCCCCUUUCCCUUACCCCUAUAAAUAUGGGGCUUUCCCACAUGUUUAGGGGGCUUCUUCUUCUUCCUCCUUCUCACUAGAAUAGCUAGCUAGCUUACAAUACUCCAUUAAUGGGAGCUACAACAUAUGUACUUUGUAAUGGUGAGGAGAGUCCUAAUGAGAAUGAGAGGGCUUGGACAUUAGUCUAAAAAGUCCCGUGGUUUUCUCCCUUUCGGGUUUCCACGUAAAAAUAGUUUGUUCAUACACAUUUAUACAUAUAUUUACUAUAUCGUGUUGGAUUAAACUCAACACUGGCGCCGUCUGUGGAAACUGUCCAAAAAGAUUCAUGUAUUCUACUGUUAUGAGUUUUCUACAAAAAAAAAAAAUUCAUACGAAGUGGACUGAUUUCAACAAAAAAGAGGAAGGAGUUGGAUGAAGAAUCUGGAGUUUUGGAUCUGGGAUCAUCCAGAUCUGAGAGGAAGUCGUCGGAGUCGUUCCAUGCUCUAUUUUGUGCACCCAGGAGCUAAAGCUUCAUUAAUGUAAAGCAAGUAUGCUGGCAGAUCCAUUUUUGAGGAAAUUAUGGACAACCAACCACAUCUUGAUAGCACGUGGCAUGGCAGAAGUACGUAGGUAGUAGAUUAUAAGUGGGCUCAUGGUUGACUCUCUUUUCCCAAGACUGUUGGUGUAAAUUACUCUUCAGCCGCACGGUCUACGGGUCUAGGAACUCGAAGGGAAACGCCCGGCUAGACAUAACCACAUACUUGAAUUUUUAAUAAGCUCAUUAGUUGUAUGGGAGACGCUCGUCCAUUUGCUUGGCCGUCAUUGAAGGUCCUUCCAUGCUGCCGUCCACUAGGAGAUGCGGCCAUCGGAGCUCCACGAACUUCCUAAAUCAACUGGACGGCCAUCUUCUAACGGGAACAACCAAAUUGUUUCACAAUCGGGGAUCAAAAUGAAUGAAACUCAACUGGCCGCUCGUCCCCCAAUGGUAUCAAGGAAAAUUGCCCACCUUCUAAGCAUGGGGCUCGCAAUGGCCGGCCACACGCCAUUUUGUCUCGUGUAGGAGAGAGACGAGCGGAAAAUCAAGGACAACUCGCUCUGGUAUGCUGCGGCCGCCCGGCUCGCACACCUCCACCUCUGGCAGGGAAUGUUCAGUCCCCGGAUCAGUCGCUGCCCGGCCUUGGUUGAAGGGGAAAAUUGUUGAGUAUUUCUGCCGGCCGGAAGGCAGUCCCACAUAGCUUUGAGUCUUUGACAAUCCUAGAGAGACGCUCGUCCUCCCAAUCAGAACGCCGGACUGGAGGUCAUGACUCAUGAACAGAGGUCGCAGGCCGGACUGAAGGUCCAUCUCAUCAAUUGCAGCUACUCUGGUUGAUGGUGAUGAUUGAAGAUUGCCAUGAUGCCCCGGGACCAGGCUUGGCUCGGACGCACGUAUGUAAGGGUCAGUGAAUCCUGGCAUAGAGCGAGACCAGUUUCUCCCAGACAGAGCGUCCCCCCUCACCCCACGGCUUCAGGCUACCAGACGUGCAUCCUAUAUAGCAAGACCACCCAACUCGCCAAUUCAACAGUGCUUGGGCAGCAGCUCGUUCCCUGCACAGCUACGGAGGCAGGGGAAAUAACACGUAAAUGGCCGCCCGGCCGGUCUAAGACAUGUGGGCCCGCCGGUCAUCGGGUAGCUCAGGAUGCUACUGCAGAUCGCUUGCUCGGUUCACACAGCUGCCUGUUUCCUCAGGCCGCUCGUCCCCAGGAGCAGCUUCGAUCCAGAUCAGACGUCCAGGGAAGCUCGCCCAAGAAUCGGAGUUACCUCAGUUCAGACCCAUGCUCGCUCACCUGGCAACCAUUGGCAGACCUUCGCCUGACCGAUGACAAUUCACCGCUCGGCCUACUGUUGUCGCGCGAUGAAUUAGGCGGACUGCGGGUUUCGUGCGGUCGUGGACGUGCGUCCCCUCCGUUGUUAGCUUGCGGCAAUAAUGAUAAAGGCCAAUAGGGAUUGGUUUUGGGCAAAUGGGCCGGACGUCCCCAGCUCCCAAUAGAUUCCUUGAUGGGCCAAAUUUCAACAACCUGCACAAUUGGUUCAUAAUAGCUAAGUAUAUCAUUUUUACCUUGUGAUUUAAAGCAUUAUGUGCUCUCACCAUUAUUUAAUAGGGAUUAAAAUGUCCCGAAAUAAAUAAUGCUGAGCGAAGCUCGGGGAUGAGCUUCCACCGGGUUUUUGAUUUAAUAAUUAGGAGAUGAGCCAGGUCGAGGGUCAUCGUACCCCAAUGUGGACGCUCAUAUCCGGAAGAACUAGGUGAUGGGCCGGGCCGAAGGUCAUCGCACUCCGAGGCCGACCGUCAUGCCCGGAAGAGCCCCAAGCCGACCUACAAAAAAAAAAGUGUGCACAUAUACAUAUUGUCUGGCCAUUUGGCCGUGUUACUAUGUUCAUUGUGCAGAUUAAGAUCAUAGUCAGAUAAGAGAUGAUGUUCAAAAUGAACCUUGGGGCCAAGGGCUUGGGGACGAGCAUCCUCCACCGGGAGGCCGAGGGUCUAAAGAGAACCAUCAAGAGCCAAGGGCCGUGGACGAGCAUCUUUCACCCCGGAUGCCGAGGGCCCGAAGACGAUCAUCUAUCGUCUAGUGGCCUAGGCCCGGGGACGAGCAUCUUCCACCCGGAGGCCGAGGAUCUAAAGAAGACCAUCAAGAGCCAAGGGCCGUGGACGAGCAUCUUUCACCCCGGAGGCCGAGGGUCCGAAGACGAUCAUCUAUCGUCCAGUGGCCUAGGCCCGGGGACGAGCAUCUUCCACCCGGAGGCCGAGGAUCUAAAGAAGACCAUCAAGAGCCAAGGGCCGUGGACGAGCAUCUUUCACCCCGGAGGCCGAGGGUCCGAAGACGAUCAUCUAUCGUCUAGUGGCCUAGGCCCGGGGACGAACAUCCACCACCCAGAGGCCGAGGAUCUAAAGAAGACCAUCAAGAGCCAAGGGCCGUGGACGAACAUCUUUCACCCCGGAGGCCGAGGGUCCGAAGACGAUCAUCUAUCGUCUAGUGGCCUAGGCCCGGGGACGAACAUCCACCACCCAGAGGCCGAGGAUCUCAAGAACACCAUCAAGAGCCAAGGGCCGUGGACGAGCAUCUUUCACCCCGGAGGCCGAGGGUCCGAAGACGAUCAUCUAUCGUCUAGUGGCCUAGGCCCGGGGACGAACAUCCAUCACCCGGAGGCCAAAGCCCGGGGACGAACAUCCAUCAUCCAGAGGCCGAGGGCUUUGAGACGCGCAACACAUCCUGAGACCGAGCAUGCCCAGGCUAAGCAUGUUGAGGUAGAAAUGUCCCAAGGAGACCCAACCUAGCAACUGGAGGUCGAAUGUCUCUAGGAAUAGGCUGAGGAUUGUUGCUGUAUGACGACUCCGAGGUCUGCUACCGGGUCGUGCAUCAAAAGCAAAGACACAUCUAGGCCGAGUUUCUAGGGAUGAACGUCCAAAGGAAGUUGGGUCGGGUUUCUAGGGACUAAUCUUCCUAAGCAUGUCGGGCCGAGCAUCCAGAAGGAAAAUUCCAGAGCCCCAACAACGAGAGAUCGAGCGGGCUGACCGUCAAGGGGCCGAACGUCCAAGGAAGCCCAGCCUAGCAUCUGGAGGUCGAACGUCUCUAGGAAUAGGCCGAGGAUUGUCGCUGUAUGACGACUCCGAGGUCUGCUACCGGGUCGUGCAUCAAGAGCAAGGACACAUCUAGGCCGAGUUCCUAAGGGUCGAACGUCCAAAGGAAGUUGGGUCGGGCAUCCGUGGGCUGAACGCCCCAAUCCCUCGCACCCAGGCCAAGGCAUUGAAUUAAGCCUUUGCUCCGAAAGCCGGGGUCAUGUGCAAAGAAGGCAGAGGAAGAGCGUAGGCAAGAGUAUACUUUCUCGAGCAGAUUCGCACGCUCACUACUCAAGAAACUGGGGGACUUGUGUUGAGGUAUAUUACCCCGGUCCGUUACUGUUCAGGAGCCCAAGGCAUCGCUCCAGCUUGGAGCCCGAAUGACAAGGUCCAUUUCAGCCUAUUAGGCAUAUUUCGGCCCUUUGGGCCCAUUUUGGGCUUACUUGGCCCAUUAGGUUAGGUUUCCCCCUUUCCCUUACCCCUAUAAAUAUGGGGCUUUCCCACAUGUUUAGGGGGCUUCUUCUUCUUCCUCCUUCUCACUAGAAUAGCUAGCUAGCUUACAAUACUCCAUUAAUGGGAGCUACAACAUAUGUACUUUGUAAUGGUGAGGAGAGUCCUAAUGAGAAUGAGAGGG